AUGCUGAAGCUGGAAGCCCUUCUGGCCAAGUAUGCCGCACUACCCACGGUGUCUCCUAGCGAAGCCCCCAGAAUGGCCUGGUUCAAGCUGCUUCAGUUCCGUGAUGCCGUGGGCGAGCCCGUCCCGACCAAGAAGUACAAGGGCCUCAUCAAGCUCCUGCAGCGUCUCAACCGCAUCGACCCCAAGGUUGCCCCGGAGGAGGUUCGUACGGCUCUCAACUUCUUCCUUCGUCCGGGUAAUCCGUAUGGAAACAAGCCCGCCCCCAGGACGGUGGAUGAACAGGGCAAGGCCCGUGGUAAGGGCAAGCGCAAGGCGUCCUCGGCGGUGGUGCAGCUGGUCGAGGGUGAGGGUGAAGUGUUGGUGAACGGAAAGACGCUGAACGAGGCUUUCCCUCGUCUACAUGACCGUGAGAGUGCUGUCUGGCCUCUUCGGUGUACGUCACGGCUCGACAAGUAUAACGUGUGGGCUACCGUUCGCGGUGGAGGAGUGACCGGUCAGGCGGAGGCUAUUACAUUGGCUGUUGCACGGGCUCUGCUGGUUCACGAACCUGCUCUUAAGCCUAUCCUGCGGAAGGCUGGUGUGGUUACCGUGGAUGCCCGUCGUGUGGAGAGAAAGAAGCCCGGUCAUGUCAAGGCCCGCAAGAUGCCCACUUGGGUCAAGCGGUGA